GGCGCCCCUGGGUCGAGGCGGCGGCGCGUAGCCGAUGGGGGUGCGAGGGGGAUGGGCCUGAACGGCGUCAACACCCCGUUCCGCAAGCUGGGCUGCCUCUCGCCCCUCAUGUGCCAGUGCAAGGUCACCUGCAGCAACCGGACCCUCUCGCUGGUCUUCGGGUGCAAGAAAUAUCGUUACCAAGAUGAAGACAGCCCCCCGCUGGAGCACAGCCCCGCCCACCUCCCCAACCAGGUAAAGGCCCCCGAGCUGGUCCACGUGGCGGAGAAGAACCUAUCCCAGAUCGAGAGCGUCCACGGCUACGUGUCUCACUCGCACAUCUCCCCCAUGAAGGCCAAUUCCCCGCCGGUAAUUGUCAACACAGAUACCCUAGAAGCACCAGCGUAUGUAAAUGGAACAGAAGGUGAAAUGGAAUAUGAAGAAAUAACUCUAGAACGGGGUAACUCCGGUUUGGGGUUCAGUAUCGCCGGUGGCACCGACAAUCCCCAUGUUGGGGACGACCCGAGCAUCUUCAUUACUAAGAUCAUUCCUGGGGGGGCCGCAGCACAAGAUGGCAGACUAAGGGUCAACGACAGCAUCCUCUUCGUGAACGACGUGGACGUGCGGGAGGUUACGCACAGCACGGCUGUCGAGGCACUGAAGGAGGCUGGCUCCAUCGUGCGGCUGUACGUCAUGCGCAGGAAGCCCCUCGCUGAGAAGGUGAUGGAGAUCAAGCUGAUCAAAGGCCCCAAAGGUCUGGGCUUCAGCAUCGCAGGUGGUGUUGGCAACCAGCACAUCCCAGGCGACAACAGUAUCUACGUCACCAAAAUCAUUGAGGGUGGCGCAGCCCACAAGGAUGGACGCCUGCAGAUUGGGGACAAGAUCUUGGCGGUAAACAAUGUGAGCCUAGAAGAUGUCAUGCAUGAAGAUGCAGUGGCCGCCCUGAAGAACACAUACGACGUCGUCUACUUAAAGGUGGCAAAACCCACAAAUGUUUAUCUGAAUGAUUCUUAUGCCCCUCCUGACAUCACCUCCUCCUACUCCCAACACCUUGACAAUGAAAUUGGUCACCAGAGUUACCUGGGCACAGACUAUCCACAAGCCAUGACCCCCACCUCCCCUCGGAGGUACUCCCCCAUCCCUAAGGAGCUGAUGGGAGAGGAGGAUAUACCCAGGGAACCGCGUCGUAUAGUCAUUCACCGUGGCUCAACGGGGCUGGGCUUCAAUAUCGUGGGGGGUGAGGACGGUGAGGGAAUUUUCAUCUCUUUCAUCCUGGCCGGGGGACCAGCCGACCUCAGCGGGGAGCUCCGGAAAGGGGACCAGAUCCUCUCGGUCAAUGGCGUGGAUCUCAGGAACGCCACACACGAACAAGCAGCCAUUGCUCUUAAAAACGCCGGGCAGACGGUCACCAUCAUUGCACAGUACAAACCCGACGAGUACAGCCGCUUUGAGGCCAAGAUCCACGACCUCCGGGAGCAGCUGAUGAACAACAGCUUGGGCUCAGGGACAGCGUCACUGCGGAGCAACCCGAAGAGGGGCUUCUACAUCCGGGCGCUCUUUGACUAUGACAAGACCAAGGACUGCGGCUUCCUGAGUCAAGCGCUGAGCUUCCAUUUUGGAGACGUUCUGCACGUGAUUGACGCUUCCGAUGAGGAAUGGUGGCAGGCACGGCGAGUCCAUCCGGACAGUGACAGCGACGAGAUUGGCUUUAUCCCCAGCAAAAGACGGGUCGAGCGGCGGGAGUGGGCGCGGCUAAAAGCAAAGGAUCGGGUGCCAGGAUCGGGCUCUCAAGGUCGAGAAGAUGCUGUCUUGAGCUACGAAACCGUUGUGCAAAUGGAAGUUCACUAUGCUCGCCCCAUCAUUAUCUUGGGCCCCACUAAGGACCGAGUCAACGAUGACCUCCUCUCCGAGUUUCCUGACAAAUUUGGCUCCUGUGUCCCACACACCACUCGGCCGAAACGGGAGUACGAAGUGGAUGGCCGGGACUACCAUUUUGUUGCCUCUCGGGAGAAGAUGGAGAAGGACAUCCAGAGCCACAAGUUCAUCGAGGCCGGCCAGUACAACAGCCACCUUUACGGGACGAGCGUCCAGUCGGUGCGCGAGGUGGCUGAGCAGGGCAAGCACUGCAUUUUGGAUGUUUCAGCAAAUGCCGUCCGGAGGCUGCAGGCAGCUCAACUCCACCCCAUCGCCAUUUUUAUCCGGCCGCGCUCCCUCGAGAAUGUUCUAGAAAUUAACAAGCGGAUAACGGAGGAGCAGGCACGGAAAGCCUUCGAAAGAGCUACGAAGCUGGAGCAGGAAUUUACAGAGUGCUUCUCGGCCAUCGUAGAAGGAGAAAGUUUCGAAGAGAUCUACCACAAGAUCAAGAGAAUCAUUGAGGAGCUCUCUGGCCCCUACAUCUGGAUCCCAGCUCGCGAGAGACUUUAGGAGCUAUGAACUGAUAUUUCCCGGAAGGAAUGGCAGAAACAGCCACCACCACCGAAUCUGCAGCGGAGCCGUCCCCAGCGAGGGGGAGGGGGCAACUCCUGUCUCUUGCCAGUGAACUUAGCUGUUUGGUUAAUAUUUUGAGGAUGGGUGGGGACAUCUUGGGACGGGCUUCUUUCGUUUCUUCCUUUUACUCUUUAAUAUUCUCAAUUUCCCCCCCCUUUUUUCUUAAUUUUUUUCCUUUUCUUCUUCUUGCGUGAUCCGGCCACCCUGACCCUGGUUUGAAACAGUCCCGUUUUCAUUUCUACAGCAAAUGGGGGGCUUUUGUUUUUUUUACCCCCAUCCCCAACAGCGCUAGCGCAUGCAUGCUGUCAUUUGGGGAGGGCCGGUGGUGGCAUUGGGGGAGAAAAGAGGAGUUUGUUUCUUAGAGUCUGAUCUCUCUCAUUUUACAAGCAGCGAGUUGCAGGCAGAGGGAAGGCCGCCCGGAGACUCUGAACUCAAGGGAAAAGACUGAAGCAAACUUAUUAGGCAGAGAAAGGGAGAUAUUUUUUAAGAAAAACUUUCUGCAAAGAGAAGCCACUCUUGAUGAGUUUACUUUUUCUCUGGAGGGGGCCAGAACAGGAGUUUGGCACGGAGUUUUAAGUUUCCUACUUGUGGUUUGAUCCUCAUUAGAGCAGGGAAAGGGAUGGGAUUUGGGAAUUAAUUUUGAAAGAAACAUGUUAAAAGAAUCAAAAGGGGGAACAAAUUCAUCAUGCUUUUUGCCUUUUUUAAAAAAAUUAUUUAAUCUAUUUUCCCCUCGGAAGGAAACAAGGAUAAAGAUUUCAUUCCUUCUUGCUUUCAUUUUGGCUGAAGAAUAUUUUACGACUGAACAAGCACAGACCUAGGACUGAUGAAUCCAAGAGAAUUCUUGCUUGCAAGUAUGGCCUGAUGACGAUAAUGAUGACUUUGAGAUAUAUAAUAUAUAUAUAUUAUAUUUUUUUCCAAUUGAAUUUUUCUUUUUGAUUUUCUCUCUCAUUGUUUUCCUCUUAAGUGCAUGAAGGUUACUUUUGUGGCUUCAAAACUUAACAGAGAACGAGAAAAAUAAUGAAGAUAAGAAUAAUUAAUGGAACCAUUUUGCUAAUCCAGCAAUCUAUAUUUUUCUUUCUGGGGGAGGGAGAGGAGAGAGAGGGGGCAAAAGAAGAGAAAGAUAAAAAAAGAGAAAUAGAGUUUUUUCAAUGUCCUGUGACUAUUUUUUGGGGUCAUAUCAAGUAUUUUGGUGCGGGUGUGUGUGAUGUAUGAAAAAAAUACAAAGGAGAACAGUUUUGGGGGGAGAUAUAUUUCGGAGGGCUGUUUUAGUUUCACAUCUGAAGAUUUUAAUUUCCAAAUCUAAUGGAUUAAUUAUUAUUUUUUGUAUAUAAAGAAAAAAAAGAGAGAGUGGACUUGGGGGGGUGGAGAAAUUUUGCCCCACCCUUUCUGCUCCGGCCACUGCUGGACCCCUGCAAGACACAAAACUCCCCAACAUGUAGUCAGUCGGGGGUGGGAGUGAAGAAAAGUCAUGGGUGAACAGGAGGAAAGAGUUGCUCUUUAUCAGUGCAGAAGUUGUUUCUGUAGCUGCUGUGAAGUUAAGCAACGUGGAUUCUCCACCAGAUGUUUGAACUAAACUUUCAAUAGAAGUGGAGUUCUUCCCCCACCCCUCUCCAAAAGCGAGCCAGGUUCCUAGCCCUCACCGUUCAUAGGAGUAAAAAAAAACUGUACAGGAAAGGGGUUAAAUCUAAACAGUUUGAUUAUCCCUGGAUAAUCAAGUUGGACUUGGUCUGAGAUUGAGAAAGCUCAGGAGGCUGGCUAGUGAAGGAUCCCCCCCCCCAAAAAAAACAAAUAAGCAGCUGAAAUUAUUCUUUUUUUAAACAAACACUCUGAGCUGAGGAAAGCUCCCAGUGAGGCAAAAUGAAAAGGUCCUCUGGAGGAGAUGAAGGAAAGAUGCAGGCAAGAUGAAGAAAUAGAUUGCAAAGGUACCGACACAUUUGCAGGGGGUGGGGGUGCAGGCAUCAUCCUGGGGCUGUGUUUGCCCCCCUCUCCCCCAGAGUUACCCCAGCUCACCCCAAGCCUAUCUUUGUCUGUUCCCCCAGGGGCCAAUGGUAAAGUUGCAGAGGGGGGUCUCUACUCCGGCAGGGGGAGAUGCAGCUGACGGAUGUGGAUCUGGAUCCGACCCUCUCUCCACCCCACCCCCCUUGAGGACCUUCUAAGGUGUGAACAGGGACCCUGGACUCCUGGGUUCCCUGGGAUUUUUGAGAGGGCUCGAAGGGACCGGACACCUAGCAUCUUUUUUCCUUGCGCCCCCCCCCAACUCCCAGUAACACUCUGAACUUGAGGGGUGCCUUGAGUCACACUGAUUUGUUAAGGGCUUUUCUCUCAAGGGACGGGGUCCCUGCGGCCGCCCCCCUCCCCUCCAAGAAACAGUGUGUUGGCAAUGGAAGGGUGUGGUUGGACACAAAGGGGUCUUCCCCCCUCCCCUGGAGCGUUAUUUCAAAACAAAACAGGAUGUGGAGGUUGUUUCUUUCUGGGGGCCGCGUGAUGUU